AUGGCGCCUGUUGAUACCUUUUUGGCGUAUGUCGAUGACUACAGAGACUGGACAAAGUAUGUAGUCUUCGCAGUUAUUAUCGUUAUCCUCUAUCAGCACCUAUUCGCCACUUCAUAUCCCAACGGAUUACCAUUAGUUGGCGAGCGCCCCGGUGCGAAAUGGUUCAGUCUGCGGACAAGAUGGCGCUACUACGUUGACUGUCGCGGCCUAUACCAAGAAGCAUACGAAAAUUUCAUAAAAAAGGGGAAAACCGUUUUAGUUCCUGGAUUUGGCACACGAACCGAGAUUAUUAUGCCACAGAGUUCUUUACCAUGGGUUCUUCAACAAGCUGAUGACGUGCUUAACGUCCAAAAGGCGUUUUUGGAAAUUAACCAGACGAAAUAUAGCCUCGCAGAUGAGCGUUAUUGGGCAGAUGGGUGGCAAUUCCAUCUUGUCAAAACCCAUUUAAAUCCCAUUCUACAAAAUUUAACUGUGGGCUUGAACGAAGAACUCGGCUAUGCCUUUGACAAAUAUUUCGGCACCGACGCAGAAAACUGGACAGAGCUUCCACUGCAAAGUACUAUCAGGAAGGUCGUAGCGGCAGCCGCUAGUCGAUUUACAGUUGGGCUUCCUCUCUGUCGUGAUGAAGAAUAUCUUACCACGACCUACAAAAUCAUCGACGGCUUCAUGUUAAACGCUGCUGCUACCAGCACUACACCUCGUUGGCUGCGACCUAUUGUUGGCCGGCUAGUGAGCGCCCACACGUUGCGCAAUGUUGAAAAGAUUAAGAAAAUCUGGGAACCAUUAUAUAGAGAACGACUUCAGACUCUUGAGAAGCCAGAAGAUGAUCCAAAUCAACCACGAGAUCAUUUACAGAUAAUGAUGCGUUAUGCCUCAACUGAGCGUCGAGAUGAGCUGCCCGAUCUACAUGUUAUGACCAAGAGACUUUGCGCUGCAAACUUUGCCUCCAUGCACCAAACGGCAAUUACGGUUACCAACAUGGUUCUAAAUAUUAUCGGCUCAGAUGCUGAGUAUAACACUCUGGCAGAACUCCGAGAAGAGAUGUCCGAGAUAUGGAAGUCUGAGAAACCAGAAUGGAACAAGACAACCAUUGCUCAAAUGAUUAAGACUGAUAGUGUUGCUCGCGAGACAUUGCGUGUUAACCUGUUUGGCAACCGCACUUUGUUUCGGAAAGUACUCAAGGAGGGCGUUACUACACAGGAUGGUAUUGAGCUACCCAAGGACUGUCUUAUCUCUUUCUUCUCCCAGCCUGUUCAGGUAGACGCAGAAAAGUUUGUGAACCCGCUGAAGUAUGAUCCCUUCCGAUUCUCCCGUCAGCGAGAGGCUGCUCCUGCAGAAGAUGGCAAGCCAGGUUUAACGAGUCUAUCUUUUGUUUCCACCUCCACUUCUUUCUUGCCCUGGGGCCAUGGAAAACACGCCUGCCCCGGCCGGUUCCUUGUGGACUUUGAGGUGAAAAUGAUGGUUGCCUAUUUGCUACGGCACUACGAUAUUGAGUUUCCAGACCAAUAUGGGGGGAAGCGACCACCUAACGUUUGGUUGGCCGAAGUGGGGAUGCCACCUAUUGGAGUGAAGAUCAAAGUCAAAAGGAGACAGGUGCCAUACUAA